GAAUAGGAUAAAUUUCCUGAAUAAUUAUUAUAAGCAGAAGAGAAUGUUUGCACAGAUUACUAAGUCUAAGUUUGCUAGGCAAGAAGACAUUUCUCCUUACUUUAGUACAACAAAUAAUAUUCAUCAAAAGACAACUCCGGUCUCAAUAUGAGGCAAAAAGAGGAUGCGAAUAGAAGUUGAUUCUAAUAAUAGUGAUGAAUCCACAAAAGAAAUUCCGAAGAAAAUACAAGAUGAUACUAUUCCUUGGGCAGAUGACUCAAUUGCCAUCAGCACUAAAGAGUUGAGCCUUAAUAAUUUAAAGAGAAGAAAGAUUGGGUCCCUCCAAAAAGGAAAUAUUGAUCUUGGUAAGAAACAAAUCCUCUCUGAUUCGGACUCAGUCAGAGAGCUAAACAAAGAAGAGGUGAAGAAUAGUUUCCCCCAAACUCCUGAUAAAAUUCAUCCGGUUAGGAAUUUAGAUAAUCAAGACUAUGAAGCAAAGAAAAUUGAGUUUUUAGGAGACUUGAUCAGAGAUGAGUUCAGAACAGAUUACCUUUCCAACAAAAUAUUUAAGAAGAAAGUUGAGGAAAUAUAUCAAAAAUUUAAUGAUUUUCAAACUUCACUUGAAGAAAAAUAUUCAGAUAUUGAAAAGGAUCAAAAGGAGACACCAGUUAAAAUAUCUAAAGAGGCAACAUCUUGUGAAUCUCACCCUACUAAAGAGAACAUUAUACCAUCAUCUGAGCUUUGACUUCCUUCCCUCAUAAUGUUCACAGGUCCAGAUAUUAAAAGCCACAGGAGAACAGAAGAUCAAUUGAUCAAGUACCUAUCAGCUGCCAAAAAGAAAGUAUACGUGUGAACUUACUCCAUUGGCAAUGGAGUGCUCUCUAUAGAUCUCGCUAAAAGACUUUAAGAGCAUAUGUAAAGGAAACUUUAAGAUAAUCACCGACCAGAUGCAGAUGACCAACUCCAACUUAAAAAGAUAUUGAAACAACCUCCUUGAGCUUGACAUUCCGAUAAAAUAAAAAUAAUGACGCGAAAAAUCUAAUGCACUGAAAGUUCAUCUUAAUUGACGGUAAAUACCUGAUAGAAGGGUCAAUGAACCUUGGAGAAAAGUCUCUACGAAAUUAUGAGCAUGUCACUGUCUCCCAAGAUAAAGAAAUAAUACGUCAAUUUGAAGCCAGGUUUCAUAAAAUGUGGGAGAACUCCCACAGGUUUUCCUAUUACACCAACGAUGAUCUCGAAGCACAGUCUCCAUUGGACCAGAAUCAGAAGAAAGUUUGAGAGCAGGAAGAAGUGCUCAGCAUAUCAGAUUCUGGAGAAAGUAUCGAUCCCUUGGAAAGCAGCUAAAAUUUAAAGCAUUUUUGAAUUAACAAACCAUGUAGAUUUCUAUC